AUGCGGCGUCGUGUGGAAUCACACAUCAUCUUCGGGGACCAGCAGGGACAAUACGUGACCAUGGCGCGGCUGAUGCGUUCGGCGGACGCGUCGCGGCCGUCGGCGCAGCAUGCGGCAGGGCACGCGUCUGCGGCGACGUCAGUCUUGGCUCACCACGGCAGCAGCGGCGGCAGCAGCGGCGGCGCCGCGAUAUACGACCCGUGGCUUGCGUCGCUGCCGGCCGUGUCCCGGGCGCUCGCGCGGCUGCGCGCCCGCCACGCCGCGCCUGGCGCGGCGUGGCGCGCGCUGGUGGCAGCAGCCCUGCUUGGCGCCAACGCGGCCGCGCUGUACUACGUCGCGCGGCGCGCCUACCUGGCGUAUCAGGAGCAGCAGCAGCAGCAGCAGCAGCAGGAGCAGCACAAGGCGGGCGACGAGCAGCAGGCCGAAAUCACGCGCGUUGCCCUCGCCUACCUGCAGCGGCUCUGGGAUGUCGCUCUGCAGGCCAGCGCUGCAGGGGCGCCUCCCGAUCUGGGCCCGCCAGACGAGGAGGGCGUGUUCACGUAUCACGGCCGCGGCGGCGCGAAGCUCUAUUUCCGCGUCGCCCCGCGGCCGUUCAAGGACGCGGCCCCGCACGCGGGGCCGCCCCUGUGGCAGUGGAGCACGAGCAGGCGGCUGUGGCUCCCCACGUCGGCGGCCGACAGCAUUUGGUGCGCCAGCGGCGACCAGGGCGGCAGUCCCUGCCUCGGCGGCCGCCUGCUCAUCCGCCGGCUCGAGCUCGAGUCGCAGCUCGCGCGCGGCGCCAGCUGCCGCGUCGCGCGCGCGGCCGCGGAGCCGCUGCGCGCGCUGCCGCCGCUGGAGAUCCCUGCGAUCGCUCUGAGGCCGCGCAACGGCACUAAUGGCAAGGCGGGCCACGGCGCCGCCCUCGGCAUCGUAGCGGCAGCAGCAGCGGGGGUGGCCGGCGGCGCCGCGGCGCUCAGCGGGCAGCUGCUCCCGGACAUCCCUGACAGCUUCCUGUGCCCGCUGAGUCAGCGGGUGAUGACCGACCCCGUGGUGACGCCGGGUGGCGUGACCUACGACCGCGCCGCCCUGAGCGACUGGAUCCGGCGGAAGGGCACCGACCCUGUCACCGGCCACCCGCUGUCCAUCUGCAACUGCUACUCAAACCUGAACCUGAGGGACCAGAUCUGCGGGCACUUUCUGGUGCGGGAGCAGCUGCAGGAUGCAUACUGA